CAGGGGCCGGGCGCGGAGCGGCCAGUGGGGCCCGUGCGCGGGCGGGGGAGCGGAAGCGCUGUGGGAGCGGCGCGGGGGCGGCGGGAGGGACGGGCCGGGCCCGGCGGCGCGCCCGGGAGGGCGGCGGGGAAUCUCGAGCACGGCUCUGCCCCCGGCGUGCCCCGGCUGAGGCUGGUCACGGCUCGCGAGCGCGUGUGGCGGGGCCCGGGCCGGCUCCCUGGCUGCGCCGCGGUGAAGCGCGGCUGGCGGCAGGGGUAACGCGGUACCCAAACCUGGCUGAAAAUGUGUCUGCUGCUCCGGGUGCCAGGAGAACGCCUUCUCAGAAAGCGCUUUAGAAAGGAUGCGUCCUUACCUGUGUGAUAAGAUCAUAGCUGAGAGACACUUUGAUUACCUGCGUUCUAAGAAAAUACUCACUAGGGAGGACACAGAAGAAAUUUCUGCUCGAUCUUCCAGUAGGAAAAAAACUGGGAAGUUACUGGACUACUUAGCAGAAAAUCCAAAGGGACUAGAUACUUUGAUUGAAUCUAUCAGACGAGAAAGAACACAAAACUUCCUGUUACAAAAGAUAACUGAUGUAGUGUUGAAAGUCAAAAAUGAAAAGCUUGAAGCUCUUAAAGGUUUAAGCUGCAGCACCUGUAUGACCUCACUGUAUGGAGGAACAAAUAAUCUUUCUAGAUCAUUUUCUGAUGAAUCAAAUUUUCUGGAUAAAACAAAAGACAAAGAAUCUACCCAGAUACAUCACCCAGAAGAAGAUUAUAGCACGGCUGCAUUUGUGUCUGCUGUCUCUCUUCAUUCCAUGAAUUUACCAGUUGCAGAGAUGGGCAAUUCACAGUGCAGUGUUUUCUCAGCCACCCUGCCGGGGCCUGGAGACCCUGGUGCACCCCCGCUGCCCCCAGAGCUCCAGGAAGAGCAGCAAGAGCCAUGUACCAGUUCAAGUGACAAUUGCUUCUUGCCUUUAAGAUCACGUUCUGUUCAACCACAGUGAGUGCGGUGACUUUCAUCUGUUCAUCCAAAUGGUACUGAAACUUUGUGGGAUGUCUCAUAAAGGCUUAAAAAUGUUUUCAAACUGUUAGGAAAAUUGGAGGAAAUCAUCUAUGCAAUUUCUGUUUUAGUUUUGUAAUUGUGUGAUGCUGGAGCUGCUUGACUUUUUUUGUUUUGUUUGUUUUCUUCUUUAGGGAGCUUUUUUCAAAAUAUUGUGGUGUCAUACCAACAAGUAUUUGGUUUUUAAACCAAUGUGUAUAAGAUGUCACAUUUAUUUGCGGAUACUUUAGCUGGGAUUAUAGAACAAAUGGGUUUUUUCUUUCUGCAGAAACUAACAAAUCAGCUUUUCUUAAUGUUUCUGUGAAGGGCGAACUGGGAAAGAUGGUUAGGAAAAGUACUGAGUAUGGAAAAAAUCUGAACUAAAAACUUAAGCUUACUUACCAAAAAGCUUAAACUAAUUUACCAAGUUAAACGUUUCUCACUAAGAUAAAUUCUGCUCUCCAUGUAUAUGUGUGCUGCUCCGUUUGCCAAAAAUGGCCAAGUCUGUGCUUGUUAGCAAGGAGUUUCCUCCUUGAGUGGACUGUGUCCUACUGGUACAUCAAAAGGCAUCAGUAUUGCAAAUACACUUCUGCAGGCCUCGGCGCAUUCUUCUUGUAUAUUAGUUAAAGAUUCCUGAUUUGAGAUGCACUUUAAAUAUAAAUUCUCUUUAGUACUGGAAAAGGAAUGUAAACUGCUCUAAUGGCAUUGUGAGGGCUGCAAGAAAACAUUGUAGGAUGCUAUUAAGGAGCAAAGCUAGUAUGCUUUUGUCCCUCUAGGGAAGUGGAGGAGAAGCUGUGUGGCACAAAGUAUGACACCUGAAGGACUCCUGGAAAUAUGGCACUUCAAAUACCUCCUCUUCCAAGCAGACAGACAGGUUUACAUUUCCAAUUGUUUAGAGUCAAAUGCAUUUUAAACUGUUUCAGCAUGGGAAGGUUCUCAUUUCUUGCCACAAUGUAACAUACUGUAUUCCUCUCAUACUCGAAUUGUAGCCUACCUUUUGUGCAGGUGCCUAUAAUAAUUUCAAAAUGACCUGGUGGAUUCUUAAUUUGACAUGUACAGCUGUGUUCUGCAGUACUACACCUUAAAGUGAUGGGAUGUUUUCAGUAUAUCAAAGGGUAGGUUUGUAUUAAAGGUCCUACAUUAUACUGGCUCUCGUACUGUGUAUAGCCAUGGAAUGCCAUUCCAAUGCACACUGGGGUAAUAUUGCUAAACUGCUCUCCUUUUGUGGAGGCAGGCCACCUGCAGGACCUCAGUAUAGUCUCUAUAAAUAGUUUUUCUCUAUUAUUCUGGUUUUGGAAGUAGAUUAAAAUAAAAUGCAAUGUUCAACUACACUCCAUCCCGAGUAUAUGAACAUCUUACAUGUGAGAAAGAUGUGUUUAUAAAAACCCUUGUUUUUCUUGUCUACAUCUACCAUCAUAUACUGUCCAGACACUGGAACUGCUUCGAUUAAAUGCCAUUCUGGAAAUUAAGUGCCUGAAUAUGCAAGCCAAACUUUGUUCUUUAACAUGAAAUUUAGGAUAGGAUGAACUCCCUCUCUUCCAUUAACUUGAAUUGUAGUUGCAUGUACUUGGGACGUCUAGAAAGUGAUUUGUGUAAAUGCCCACUGUACCCACUUAAAGAGCUGUGCUUAGGCUUGAGUCCCUUCCUGGGUUCUUGUAAAGAGAAGAGAGUGAGCAGGGUUGGCCUUAACAGAGAAAAUGCACCAGCCCAGGGUGGAGGCUGCCUUGCUGCUGCCCAUCCUGCCCCGUGCAUCCUGCAGGGACCACUCCCAGUGGAGCCGACAAACCUGAGACCUUGAGUGAAUGUAUUGUCUUUUCAAAUGUCUAUAAUGUGCGUUUUUGAAACAUAUUUUUAUCACAACUUUUGGAAUAAAUUCUUUUGUAUAAUU